CAGUGGGUGGGUGGACAGCAAUCAAUUGAGCCGAACGAUCAGCGAUCGCCGGAGCCAAGCACCGCUUAAUGUGCAAAUAAUUGGACGUCUGCAUAUAAAUAGUCGUACGGCCAUCCUGUGUUGCCCCAAAAUCGUUGGACACUCUCACAAAUCCAGAAUGCUGCCUAAGUUCUUCCUCCCCCUGCUGCUGCUCUGCUGCGUGGCCUUUGAGGCGGCCUUGGCCUGUAAUGGCUACAAGGCCAAGCUGGUCAAGAUGGAGAACUGCGCCGGCGAUGAUGCUGUGAUGACGGUGGGCAGCGACUUCAGCCUCAAGCUGAACAAAAAGUGCGAGCUGGUGCCCUCGGGCUGCAUCAUCAACAAGCCCUUCGGCACGGCCCUGGCCAAGUUUAAGGUGCAGAAGGACGGCAUUGUGAUGAAGGAGGGCAAGGUGGAUCUGUGCGCCGCCAUCGAUCAGGCCACCACUGAGGCCAAGGAUCUGCUGAAGCUGUUCGGUGCCCCAUCCGCCUGCCCCGUGGCCGAGGAGAAGGUCUGCGCCAAUGAGCACACAGUCGAUCUGUCCAAGUACAAGGCCAUGCUGGGCAUGGCACGUGGCCACCUGAUCAUCGACUCUGAGAUCAAGCACGAUACAGGCAAAUCCUGCUUCCACGCCGAGAUCGAACUUACCAAAAACUAAAGUGCGACCCAAACAUCAACCAUUGGUGUUUAUGCUUAUAAUAUGAGUCUUGCAAAUUGUUUAGUUCUAAAUGCAAAUACAAUAAAAUUGGUAAUGAGGAGCACCCCCAAAAAC